AUGGAAUAUUCGGCUGUAUUCAUAAAGGCUCGUGCUAUUGCGUUCUCGUUGGUGGCUUUCAUCAGCUUUACGUGGACUGUGCUGUUGUGUGUAGUAUUGACUCUACAGUGGGACGUGAUGGAUAAACCAGAAAAAUCUUUCGUCGCAGUUAUGAUCGUGCUGAAUGUGCUCACUAUGUUUUUAUUACUCAUCUUGCUGGUACUGCGGUUCAGACCAUGGCUUGAUGGCGCUCGAUGUUUGUUUGUGCUAGCCGCACACAUAACUACUGCCGCUUGGUUUCUUUCAUGGUCUCCGAAAUUUCGUUGCGAGACUGGAAAUCUAGACAAGGAGGGGACGUGCGGGCUUUUGAUCGUGUAUAUGGUACUUGCAAGCUGGGUAAUUCCAACACUAGUCCUCUUAUAUCUCGGUGGCCUCGUCUUGAUGAUUCGCCGUCGUUCAAAUCUACCAAAAGCCAACCAGAUUGUCUCUGACGAUCAGGACUUAGAAAAACGUUCGUCUGGUAGUUCAACUCAACGCCAUGAUUCUUUUCUCCCCGCGGGUUCUCAGCAUUCGAAUCAUGAUCAAUCCCUCGAUCCGUUCAGGAGAUUGACUAUUCUCCCUCCAACCAUGGCGCAAGGCGGAAUGACUCGGGACAGGAUGUCUGAUGGCUCGAGGAGUCAGUCUUUCUCCUCAACGACAAGGCAGUCGUAUAACACGAGGUCCUCUGUUCCCUUACGAAUGUCACAGCCAAUGAUGGAUGGUCUGCCAAAAGUAAACGAGCAGUUCAACGUUACUUCCACUGGCUCCUGGACACACCAGUCUCGCUUGACGUUGCCUUUGCCUUUUCCUCCUGAACGAACCUCACAAGGACCACUUCCUGCUCAGUCCACGACACUAGCUAAAUCUGCGCCGAAAUUGUACUAG